AUGCCGGCGGCACAACGGCCGCCGGCAAGCGACCGCUUCGGCCCCGCGAUUGCGGGAGCCUUCGCUCCUCCGUCUUCUGAUCGCUUCGGAGCAGUGGGUGAAACGGUGGCCUCGGAUGGGUUUCCUAAAGGUCUCGAAUUGAGACGGAUCAAACCCGCUCACGCGCCAAGUAGUUGGAAACCGAGCAACGACGAGGAACUGCCAGGAUCGCACAGUGCUACCCGCGGUUCUGCGGCCAACUCUCGACGGCGACAAGCACGAACCUCGACUCAAAGCGACGUUAUCAAGCGUCCGCAACCUGAGGACGUACCGCCCGUGCCCUCUCUAACCGUGACCGGCCCUUCGAGCUCGACAUCCGCCAUGGCGCUUGAAGCGCCUCGGCCGAUCAUGCGCCACCGAUCGAGCAAGGUCCGCUUCUCCUCCCCUCUGCGCCAGGAGCUCAAGGAUCUCGACGACGACGAGAAGAACAGCCCAACCGCAACGGAGAACAAGGGUACUGCGGAGCUCGGAUUGACGUCUCGGCCGAAGCGCUCGGCAUCGCUGGCGCAUCGUAACAGAACAACAACCGUGCGCGGGGGCGGCAAGGUUAUAUGGGCCAAGUCCGUGCACUGCGCCCCUAGCCCGAAUGAGGCGGGGCCAUCUCGUACCAGUGCGCGAUGCGCAUCGUCUCCGUCAACCCCGGCCACGUCGGUCCGCCGAGCGCGCUCCACGGGAAGCAUGCUGGCGCCGCCGAGCGAGGGUCCGCGCCGCAGCCCUAGCCAGCGCCAGAAUGCCCCGCGGCGACAGCAGUCUGUUCGCAAGGCUCCGCCAGGACUGUGGGGCGACUUGCCAGCGACUGGGACAGCGCCGGUGCGAUCUGCCUCGAUGGGCGGCAGACCAGCUCCACAGGCCGUAAACGACGAGCCUGGAGGAGUGGACAUGAGCCAUGCGCCAAAGUUCUCUCGAGCCGGUUUGAAGCGCUCCAGCGUGAUUAUGCCUACGCCUAAGGGUCAACGUCCACCCACGAUAGCGAUACCGAGCAAGGCGGACAUGGAUCAGAUCCGGGACAUGAACAUGAACUCGCCAAAGGAGGGCCGGCCGCCAUCGUGCGGUCCUUCGCGUGUCGGACGCACACCAUCGACCCGCAUCGGGGGGCUCGUACGCAAGCUCUCAAAGCGCGGCAGUCCCGGAGUCCAGCGGAGUGCCUCGACAGGCAGCCGUCCAGUCAUUUCUACACCAGUCUUGAACGACAUAACACACAUGGACGUCCCCGGCCGGCCGGGGUUCAAGGUAUCGUUGCAGCAUACAAGUCGAGGCCUACAACUGCAACCCGUUGCAGCUGACCCUAAAGCGCCGCCAAGUUCCUACCGCCCUCUCUCGACGACGCCGACACCCCGCACACCCUCAGAGCUGUCGUUCCGAGCCACAUCGACGACUCCGACGCCGAGAACAGCACCGACCCCGCCCCCUCUGGCCGAUACGGGUUUCUCUGGCUUCCAGCCGCUGCGCGCUGGGCCAGAUGAGGAACCCCUUGAAGUGGCAUCCGCGACGCCUCGUCGGCCACCGACGAUGCAGAUGCCCGUACCGGUGCCAACGCCGCCUAAGCCCGUGCCGGCAAUUAAUGCCAUCAAUGCGGUCAGCCCAGACAGCAUGCAGCUGCGUGCAGGUCGAGUGCCGGUCCACACGGUGCCUGCUCCUCGUGCAGUGCCCGUGCGGGGUCCGCGGCCGUCCUCACAUCUCUCGACAGUCUCAGGUGUCUCAGGAGUUUCCCGUCGAGUCUCGAUCCACGACAUGGGUGAGUUCGGCACUCUGCCAAACAGCUCGACGGCCAGUUUCGUACCCUCGGUUGGCUUCAUGCCCCCGUCACCUACCCGGCCAAGCACGUUCUACGCCUCGGUACCGACUCGCGAGUCCAUCGUGCCAGAGUACAAGACCGCUGCGCCGGAGUGGGAGGAUCCAGCUCUGCUCCCCAGUGUCCCGCAGCGCGGCUCAAGCCUGCUCGCACGGUCAGUGCCCGGUAGUCCGGCGCUGAAGCACAUCGACGACCGUGCGGAAGCGCAUCGGCGCUCGCUCUCCGGGUCCCCACGAACGAGAUCCUUCUCGCCGCCGACACAGGCCUACUUCUCCUCACCGUCUCCGACAUUCUCUCCUCCGCCCUUACCCCAAGCGCCGAGGGUGGCCGGUACGCCCCCGGCGCCGAUCGGCUUCUCGGCUGCCCGCUCCAAUUUCCAGUCGCGCCCGCGCUCCUCUCUAUCGGCCCGAAGGAGCCUCACGGCGAGUGUGCCGGCCAUGCUGGCGCUGGACGAGGUCGACGAACCUCUUCCGGGGCCUGAGAGCGCGCCUUUGCCUCACACGAGGGGUGAUGCCCCGCAUCUCCCGCCACUGCCGCAGAUGGGUCCUCUCAACAUGCCCUUCUCUCGCGUUGCUGCCACGGUUGGCCCGGCGGGUUCGAGGCAGCGUACCUCCUGGCAGAGAAGAGGCCACCAGGCAUCCGCCUCGGUUGGAACGCUGUACGAUGCGCAGCGCAGCCGUACGAGUAUCAGGAGCCACCGAGCUUCCUUCCACACCGCACAUAGCGGCAUGACGGCCGAGUCGUUCUUCACGGACGAGGCGUCCACCGCGUCCACCGCGCAUCCCUUGUCCACGCCCGACCUGCUUCUCGCGGACAUCGCCGCCGACGACGGCACCGCUGUGGGCCUGCCCGACCUCCCAGCCACCAUCCCGCAGUCCUGGUCCCUGCCCCAGAUGGCGCGGCUUAGCCUGAACCACGGCCCGCCAACUGAGCCGCUACCUGACCUCCCGCCACGAUUCGAGCGCGAGCGUGCAGAGAGGGGAGACUCGGGCCGCAGCAGCGAGGACGAGAGCACUCCGUCGCUGUCCAACGAUCACUCGCAGAGCGGGCAGAGCGAGGAGCCGUUCGGCGUCCCCCUCACUCCGCCAUUUACGCCGACCCCGCUCCCGCCCGAGAAGGAGGUGCUCGCUGAGCCGGCCGGAUCUACUGAGUCCGCCUCUGCAUCUGUCACUGAGCACGUCCUCGCAUCGUGUGACGAGGAGCCGCGGAAGGCAACCCGCACCCCCGUCAUCGGGUACGAGAGCACUGGGAGUGCUGCGAGCGCAGCCCGCGUGACGCCGUCUGGACUCGAACUCCCCGUCCGUCGCAAGGUUACGAUUACAAGGAGAGGCGCAGAGAAGAUAUCGAGCUUCCCGCUCUCGACCCCGCUGGUGCUCGGAGACGUGUACCAGCCCUCGCUUGCGCCGGCGACUCAAAGGCACAGGCAGGACGACGAGUGGAGUAUAGCCUCGCUCGCUACGUCGGACACGCACACAACGCAUGCCUCGUUCCGGACGUUUGCCACGUUCGACACCGGACGGCCGAGUUUCGACCACCGUCCGCCGAGCUGGGACGCGCGGGGGCCGCAUGGCCCUCCGAGCUUCGAUACGCAUGGGCGAUCGAGUUUCGACCAGACCAGGCCGAGCUUGGACACCUGCCGGCCCAGUCUCGACACCGCCCGCCCGAGUUUCGACUACAGCGCCGACACGCACGCGACGUACAGUUUGGACCAUGGGUCGGAGGACAUCCACGACGGGCUUGAGGAGCCGAUCCCUGCGUUCCGGAAGAGAGGGCACAGGAAGCAGAGCUCGAUCACGAGUGCCAUGAGCGUGAGCUCUAUGGGGCACGAGGCUGCCAUUGUCGAGGUGACGAGGGCGAAGACGGCCAUGGCGAUGGAGCUGAGGCUGUGA